UGGCCAUGCCCCCGCUAAACCUCAUUUCCCUGGCCAUGGACACGACGGGCAGAUUCCUGUGGUUCCACCCUGAACUGCUGUAGCUUGUCACUAUAAGAUUUGUACUUCUCAUUGUGUAGUUAUAUUUGUAGUUAAACAGAUACUUGUUGUCGUUGGUUGUUCCUGAGGUACAUUCGGACCGAAUCACGAUCAGUGCUUGCGCGUCUAUAUUCUUUUCAUGGAACCACUCUCUUCGCUGGAGAGGAUCAGAUCUUCUGCCAGUGCCCAGCCUCUUGCUGACACGCUUGGUUCUCUUCUCGAAUCGUCGUCCGUUCUAUUCCAGACGCUCGUACCACAACUUCACGAUAAACUCCAGAAUUUACCUUCGCCGCUCGAGUCUUAUGCCCAAUUGAUAGAGCUGGCAAUCAACCAAGUUAGAACUUGGGAUAAGGACCUACAAGCCCAGUUCAUUUCAGGACAUCCGCGCAUCGGCGAAACAAAAAACUUGUCGACAUUUAGCGCGAAGGAACAAGGCGCCACUCAUCCCACUGCCACGCCGACACCUCCAAAGGUACUGGCGCGAUUAGCGCAUCUAAAUGCCUACUACGAGCGGCGUUACCCGAAAUUGGUGUAUAUUAUCUUUGUCAAUGGAAGGAGCAGAGCAGAAAUUGUUUGUGUGUUAGAGGAUCAUCUCGGAUUAGAGCAUUCGCUAUCCAUAGAUGGACCGUCUUUGGACGCUGCAGUUCCUGUGGAGGUCGGGAGCCAGACAUGGCUGGAUGAGCUUCAUAGAGCAGUGAUGGAUGUUGGGCUGAUAGCGAAGAGUCGAUUGAGGUCUUUGGGCGUCGACUGAGAUAAGAGUACAUCAUACAGUGGUACAAUUUAAACUAGGUAAUAAAUACCGCAGGUAGCCCGUGAAGCGUUAUUGAACAGUACUCCAUCGUGGAUUUCCGGUAUUCAAUCGACUGGCCCUGCGCUGCAUGGAGAUUAAGUCAAGGCAUUCCAAAGAAUAGUCUCGUUCAGUUCACCUGU